GGAACUUCGGUCUGACUUCCUGUUUGUGAUCUGCUGAUGGAGUCAAGAUGACUGUGAGAUCUUUAUGGUGUGCAUCUGUGCUGUCGCUCCUUAGUCUUACUCCACCUCUGUGGGCCACUGAAAUUUCCUGCAGAAAUGAAGAUGGCAAGCCAGUUGACUGGUACAUUAUUUAUAAAUUACCGAAGUAUAUGAGACAUGAAGCUGCUGGAUCUGGGCUAGAAUAUAUGAUUAUGGAUUCUCUCACUGUAGUCUGGAAACUGAGUAAAAAUUUGAUCAACAUGACAAAGAGUGCUCUGGGGCAAACAUUACAGCAGCUCUACCAAGUUUACGAGUCCAAGAAGAACAGCACUGCAUAUGUGAUGUACAAUGAUGGUCCACCAGGCAAAAUGAAUUACAGCUGGAAACAUGGGCAUACGAAAGGGUUUCUGCUUUUGGACAAAUCCCAAGGUUUCUGGGUAAUUCACAGUAUUCCGGAAUUCCCUCCAUUUCCUCAGAAGGGUUAUCACUACCCCCCCACUGGACAGAGAAAUGGACAGACAGCAAUUUGCCUAACAUUCCAAUAUGAUCAGUUUGCAAAAAUAGACAAACAAUUGUUAUGCUACAAUCCAAAUGUAUACAACUGUUCCAUCCCAAAGAUUUUUUGCCCGGAGCUGUCCAAUCUGCAAGAGCUGUGCAAAGGAUCAAAGCUGCCUCCAGUCCCUCAGAAGCAGUGCCUCUCCAAACUCCACUCAGCCCAAGGAGAAAGUCUCCUGAGCUUUGCUAAAACACAGAGUUAUCAUGAGGAUAUCUACUUAACCUGGAUGGCUCCAAAACUGAAAACAGAUUUGUUAGUAGAAUCCUGGCAGCGUAAGGGACGUGAAUUCUUCUCAAAUUGCUCUCUUCCUUACCAUGUCUAUAAUGCAAAUCUAAUCAAGACACCAUGGAAUUCUUCCUUCUCCACAUAUGAUGAUCAUUCUAAGUGGUGUGUCUCAAGAAGGUAUGAAGACCAGUGGACAUGCAUUGGAGAUCUAAAUUAUGCACCUCAGCAGGCUAAGAGAAGUGGUGGCUUCAUUUGCAUGCAGAAUCAGCAUAUUUACAAAGCAUUCAGGCAACUGGUUUACCGUUAUUACGGUUGUCGGGUCUCAUGAAUUUGCACAUGGGUCAAGACUGUUGUGUAAAUUAUUCUUAAUAAUCUCAGAUUUUAUUAUUUUUUAAAAAGAUGUUUCUAGUCUUCAUUGUGUUGAGAAUAUUUUUCAGAUGGUAAAUAAGAUGCUAAACAGUCUUGGGCACGACAGCAGGAGAAAACAGUAUGUCUCUUUGUUCCUAUCCAUCUACCUCUGUUACCCUCUGACAUUGCACCUCUUUUUUCAAUCCCUAAUUCUUUUUUUUAAUCCUACGCAGUACACACUCUACUUUUUGCUAAGAGUUUAUAUUC